UUCCUUGCUUGUCAACUUGAAGUAACUAAACGAUGUCGUCUGGGUUGUAAAAAUGGACAUUAUCCCGUAAAUUUCUCUGUUUCUUUCUGCCAUUUCUGAGCCAUUGGUUAAACCUCUCCUAAAACCCCCAGCUUCAGACCAUCAAUCCCAACAAUGCUUAGCUUCUGUAACACCUCAAAUGGCGCUCUCUGCUCAGACUCCAACCAUAUCUCUCCACUCCGAACACCUCAAUCCCUCAGUGUCCAACUUCCAUUGUCCCAAGUCUCUACCUUUUUCUAACCUUACCCAGAAAAAUCCUCACUUUCCACUCAAAAAAACUCCAAAUACCUCACUUUUCUACUCCUCCGGCCACCAGAUUGACGAACCCAAUUCGCGUAUUACCCAGCUUUGUCUAGAUAAUCAGCUGGACGAAGCCAUAAGAAUUCUGAAGUCGCUUCUGAAUGACCCUCAAAAUAGUUUGGACGAGGAUACUUUUAUUUCUGUUAUUAGACUCUGUGAAUUCAGAAGGGCUUGGGAUGAGGGGUGUUUAAUUUAUGAAUACGUGUUGAAUUUUGCGUCCCAUUUGAGUUUGAGAUUGGGAAAUGCAUUGUUGAGCAUGUUUGUGAGGUUGGGGAACUUGAGUGAUGCUUGGUAUGUGUUUGGGAAGAUGGAGGAUAGAAAUUUGUUUUCUUGGAAUGUUUUGAUUGGUGGGUAUGCUAAAAGUGGGUACUUUGAUGAGGCCCUGGAUUUGUACCAUAAGAUGAUGUGGGAUGGAGUUUGGCCUGAUGUUUAUACUUUUCCUUGUGUCUUAAGAUCUUGUGGGGGAUUGAGUGAUUGGGAAAGGGGUAGAGAACUUCAUGCUCAUGUGAUUAGGUUUGGGUUUGAGUCGGAUGUUGAUGUCAAUAAUGCAGUGAUCACUAUGUAUGUGAAGUCGGGUAACCUGGCUUGUGCGAGAAGGGUGUUUGCUGGAAUGCAGAGGAGAGAUAGAAUAUCUUGGAAUGCAAUGAUUUCGGGGUAUUUUGAGAAUGGUGAGUGUGUUGAGGGGUUGCAGCUGUUCUUUUUGAUGCGGGAGUUCUGUUUUGAGCCAGACUUGAUGACCAUAACCAGUGUGAUCUCAGCAUGUGAGGUCCUUGGUGAUGAGAAAUUCGGUAAGGCUCUUCAUGGAUUUGCCGUAAAAAAUUAUUACGGGGUUGAUGUUUCUGUGGGUAACACAUUGAUUCAGAUGUAUUCAAGUGUUGGAAAUUGGGAGGAAGCUGAAAAAGUCUUUAAUGGGAUAGAGUUGAAGGAUGUGAUUUCUUGGACAGCAAUGAUUUCAGGCUUUGAGAGCAAUGGCUUGCCUGAGAAGGCUGUGGACACCUAUAAAUUGAUGGAGAUGGAUGGUAUUGUGCCAGAUGAGAUCACCAUUGCCAGCGUUUUGUCUGCGUGUGCUUCUUUGAGUCUUUUGGAUAUGGGUGUUAAAGUUCAUGAGCAUGCUAAAAGCACAGGUCUCAUAUCAUAUGCUAUAGUUGCGAAUUCUCUCAUUGAUUUUUAUUCAAAGUGUAAAUGCAUUGAUAAAGCUUUGGAAAUAUUUCAUGAGAUGCCUAACAAGAACGUGGUAUCUUGGACUUCAAUUAUUCUGGGGCUCAAAGUUAACAACCGAAGCUUUGAAUCAUUGUUUCAUUUCAGGCAGAUGAAACUCAGUGUAAAUCCUAAUGACGUUACCUUGAUUUCUGUUCUUGGUGCAUGCGCUAGAAUUGGAGCAUUAAUGUGUGGGAAGGAGAUACAUUCUUAUGUGUUGAGGAGCGGGCUGGAACUAGAUGGUUUUCUACCCAAUGCACUUCUAGACAUGUACGUGAAAUGUGGAAGGAUGGUCCCUGCCUGGAAUCUGUUUAAUAUGCAGAAACAGGAUGGUGCAGCAUGGAAUAUUCUGCUUACAGGAUUUGCGCAGCGAGGGCAAGGUGCUCAGGCCAUGGAACUAUUUGGAAGGAUGUCACACUUAAAGGUAGAGCCAGAUGAGAUUACAUUUAUAUCUCUAUUAUGUGCUUGUAGUAAAUCAGGAAUGGUCACUGAAGGCUUGCAUUUUUUCGAGAGUAUGAGAGAUGUGUAUAACAUAGUUCCAAAUCUGAAGCACUAUGCUUGUGUAGUAGAUUUACUAGGCCGUUCAGGCCAGGUAGAUGAUGCUCUUGAGUUUAUACAGAAGAUGCCUAUUAAACCAGAUGCCGCCAUAUGGGGAGCUUUGUUAAAUUCCUGUAGAAUUCAUAGAUGUCUUGACGUGGGGGAAAUUGCAGCGAGACAUUUAUAUGAAUUGGAUGAAGAGUUUGUAGAAUACUAUGUCCUGUUGUGUAACUUCUAUUCGGAGUGUGGUAAAUGGGAUGAUGUUGCUAGUCUGCAAAGGAUGCUAAGAGAGAAAGGGGUAACUGUCGAUCCUGGAUGCAGUUGGGUCGAAGUAAAAGGGCAAGUUCAUGCUUUUUUGACUGGUGAAAAUUUCCAUCCCCAAAUUAAAGAAAUGAAUUCAGUUCUAGAAGGAUUUUAUGACAAAAUGAAAGCAGAAGGUUUGUCUGAUCCUCGAACCAACUCCUUGAAUGAAGAUUCAAAAGCUGAGGUUUUCUGUGGACAUAGUGAGAGAUUGGCUAUUGCAUUUGCCCUGAUAAACACAGUCCCUGGAAUGCCCAUUUGGGUAACUAAGAAUCUAUACAUGUGUCGAAGUUGUCAUAGUACAGUAAAAUUUAUUUCCAAGGUUGUCCGGAGAGAAAUAUCUCUUAGGGAUACGGAACAUUUUCAUCAUUUUAAAGAUGGAAAGUGUUCAUGUGGAGAUGAGGGCUUCCAGGGUGCUUAUUAGGCGAAAAGUAGCCCAACUUCGGAGGAAAUUUUGAAUAGCAGCAAGAUAUGCUGCAUUGCAUCUGAAUGUACAAUUCCACAUAUAUGGAGCUGUUUUAAAGUUUUAUUUUGCCGAAAAAAGACUACACUCAUCACUACCAGCGAACAGAAUUUUUCUGGCCGAGGGAACUGCCUGGAAUUUGACAAGGUUUGAUGGAGCAGUAAGGUAAGAGUGGUUAUCACAAUUUGACUGGAAGUUUAUUACUUUAGUUUAGUUAUAACAGAGUCUUCUCUAUGACGGGUAUGCUAUACAUCACCAUUAUUAUUGAAGGAGUUUUUAUUAAUCUAGAACACUAGAGCCCGCGAUGAAACGCCAUCAAAAUAACAAUAAAGUCAGAUUUCAGGUGUGAAGAACACAAGGUAGGGGUCAUGUGGUUUAGAUGCUCAGCAACCGAAAGUCAAGUCCAAACUUGACUUGAACAUGAUAUCAUUAUGCUUACUUAUACGUCUACUCUAAUAGUUAAAG